AUGGCAGCUAUUCCUAUUAUUGUUAAGCAUGCCGGCAAGCGCCACGAAGUCGAGCUCGACCCUACAUCCAAUGGCGAGACCCUCAAAUACCAACUCUUCUCGCUGACUGGCGUUGAACCCGAUCGCCAAAAGGUGCUCGUCAAGGGUGGUCAACUCAAGGAUGAGACGCCUCUUUCGUCCCUCAAUGCCAAACCCGGGCAGAUGUUUAUGAUGAUGGGCACACCGUCGGGAGGUCAAGGCGCUGCUGAUCUUGGUCGACCAAAGGAGACUGUCAAGUUCCUGGAAGACAUGACUGAGGCCGAGGUAGCCCAGCAAGAAGGUGCUACUCCUGCCGGCUUGCAGAACCUGGGAAACACAUGUUAUCUCAACUCUACCCUACAAACUUUGCGUAGUGUUCCGGAGCUUCAACAGGAGCUGAUCAAAUACCGUGCAAGUGAAGGUGCUGGACAGUCGGGCUUGUCAGACCUCAGCAGCCUUGGCCUGGGUGGCCUUGGUGGCUCCCGGGAUUUGGCCGCUUCGCUACGAGACUUGUUCAAGCAAAUGUCCGAAACACAGGAGGGUAUCCCUCCCCUCAUGUUCCUUAACGCCCUCAGAUCUGUUUUCCCUCAAUUCGCCCAGCGGGAUCGCAAUGGACAAGGAUAUGCCCAGCAGGAUGCCGAGGAAGCGUUCUCUCAAAUCAUGAACCAGCUGCGUGCCAAAUUGACUAUCACCGAUGGAGAAGGAGAGGCCGCCACAAAGGUCUCGUUCGUCGACAAAUAUCUCGCUGGUCAAUUCGAGUCUGUCACCGAAUGUGAGGACCCUGCUGCAAAGGAACUCGGUGAGCAGCCCACUCAAAGUUCGGACGUUUUCUACAAGCUGGAUUGCCACAUCGGGAAGGAAACAAAUCAUCUUCAAGACGGAAUUCUUAGCGGCCUGGAGGAAGAAAUCGAGAAGAACUCUCCUCUUUUGGAGCGUAAUUCGGUGUACAAGAAGCGAUCUCGUAUCGCACGUUUGCCCAAAUACCUGACAGUUCAUUUCGUCCGGUUCUUCUGGAAGCGUGAGACCCAAAAGAAGGCUAAGAUCAUGCGAAAGGUUACCUUCCCUGCUGAGUUGGACGUCGUGGAGUUCUGUACCGAGGACCUCCGCAAGCAGCUCAUUCCGAUCCGUGACAAGGUUCGCGAAAUCCGCAAGGAUGAGGAGGACGUCGAACGAGCACAGAAGCGUCAAAGACUCGCAGAAGAGCGCGCUGUGCGUCAAAGCAAGGAGACCGAUCUUGGUUCAAACGUGGAGCCCAUGCAGAAGAAGCAGGCCACCGAGGAGACAAAGGCUAAGGCCAACGACAAGGACGGUGACAGCCAGAUGGAGGAAACAUUUAAGACUGAUGCCGAAUAUGAGGCUGAAAGAAACGAGUCUAUCCGCGUUGCCAAGAAAGAACUCCGAGAGCUCCUUACUCAACAGGGCGCUGGAGACAAUGGAACUAACCAGUCUGGAUUGUAUGAGCUUCGUGCUGUGAUCACUCACCAGGGUGCUAGUGCCGACAGCGGUCACUAUACCGCGUACGUCAAGAAGCAAGAACGGGAUGAGCCUCAGCCCGGCAAGAAGCGCCGCGAGCAGGAUGACAAGUGGUGGUGGUUCAACGACGACACGGUGACAGAGGUCGAAGCCCAGAAAAUCGAGACCCUCUCCGGUGGUGGUAAGUAA